AUGGAGACAGUGAAACUAAUGCAGAAAUUCGAGAACGAAUUCGUUCUGGAGAUGUUGGAGAAAUAUCCUGCUCAGCUGGAAGACCCUUGCCUUCGAGAUCGGUCGAUGGAGCACCACUGGGAAGUGGCGUGA